AUGUCGAGCUUGGACACCGUCGUUACCCUUCUUCGCGAGAUCACCGCACUUCAAAACCUCGGCUUCCUCUUCACAGGGAUCUACUGGCACGAGUUCGUCCUUCACGGGCACUUCGAUUGGAAGUUGUUGAAUCGGUCGGAGAAGGAUCGCGCACCGGCGGCGCGGAUUGCCAAGUGGUCGUAUUUGCUAUGUCGGUUGCUCCUCAUUGUGUAUAGCGCAGGCAUCACUGUCUUGUCAUCGCGCGAACAAGUAGAGUGUCAUUUCUUGUUGAAGCUUCUGACAUCAACGGGAUUUCUCGGCGUCAUAUGCUCGUCCCUGCUCUUGUCCAUCCGUGUCGCUGCAGUAUGGGCAUGGAACAAAGGAAUACUCGCUCUUCUCGGCACCAUCCUAUGUGCUAUGCUCGGAUCCGCAAUCUUCUUCACGGUGAAGGCCGAUUCCACCUACUCCUCCGACCUCGAGAUCUGCGCCCUCUCCGGCGUACACAACGACUACUACCCGUCCAUCAUCACUACGUGCGGGGACGGUACGAUUCUUAUCUUCCUCCUGCUGGGCCUGCAGAGGAAUUGGAGGGACGCGAAGACGUAUCGGAUGUGGAAUGUUCUUUGGUCGCAGGGCUUGAUAUAUCUUGUUCUUGCCGUUGCGGUGGAUGUCCCCUUGGUGGUGUUGCUUUCGUUGAAUCUGAAUGCCAUCAUCAACUCUAUCGUCGUCAUUCCUCAAAUUAUAAUCUUAGGAAUAGGCGCAACGCGCAUGUUCAGAUCCCUCAAUACGGCUGUGCGUGGCGAAGCGGAGGAUCCCGAGCAUUUCACGAACGGGACUUCGCAUGCGAUGAGGGUUCCGCGUACGCUGACGCAGGGCGAUGUUCAACUGAAGGAGUUGCGGAGAUCAUAG